GAAACAGCUUCCGUGGCUCACUAAAGACUAGACAUGUCUCAAAUUCCGUGCACCAACUCGUCGUUGCAUCACUUCCCAACCCACCAAACCUGGAUGGCCGAUAGCAAUCCUUCUCGGACUCGGUAGCAUCAUCACCGUUUCCGAUUCUUCUCUUGGAAGGGAAACACGAAAGAAUAGAAAAUGCUUUCCUCUUUGAUAUCAAUGCCAUCAAAUAGCUGCUGCCACGGAACGAGGCGCUGUUAUAUAAUUUUGCACUUCAAUCCGAGUUCUAUAGCUCACUGGUUCAGCACCGGUACUGACUCUACUCGGCCCGAGUUCCCGGGAGAGAACGCAUACCAUAUCUUAGGAGUGUCCGAGACCAGCUCAUUCACCGAAAUCAAAGCAUCCUUUCGGAGAUUAGCUAAAGAAACUCAUCCGGACCUCGCCGAGUCGAACAGCGGUUCUUCCACCUCUCAACGUUUCGUUCAAAUUCUCGCCGCAUAUGAGAUUCUUUCAGAUUCUGAGAGGAGAGCUCUUUAUGACAAGUAUCUGAUGUCUCAGAGAAGAGUCAUGCAGAACCAUUCUGGAGAAAGUUCGACAUUGCACAUGUAUAAAACCCAAACGACUGCAAGUAAACAGAUGGAAGUUGUUGAAUGGUUGAAGUGGUAUAGGUUGGCCAUGAAUGACAUAUUAUCACAGAAGAAAGUGGUGGUUGGAACAAGUUAUUUUGAUGUACUUGAAGCUGAUUUUUAUUCAGCCAUACAUGCAGCUUACUAUGGCCCUGUAAUUGAGUCUAUGGAUCUUCUUCCUGACUGUUUUGAAGCAGAGGAGAGGUCUGAUUAUGAAACUUCAGAGGUUCUACAUUUGGUUUCUGGACGUGAACUUUUUGGGAUGGUCUGCCUGGUUAAUAAAGUUCCUGAAUUAUCUUCUUCUUGUGCCAAGAAGUUGAAUUCUUUUGCAUCUGCUGGUUUGGGUUACUGUCAGUCUAUUGAGAACACAAGUAUCUUCAUGAAUUCUAAUGAAGCGAAUAAUGAUGGAUUGUCUCAGAUACAUGCGAGGAAUAUUCUAAGUCAAGUAUCAGAUGCAUAUAGAGAUUUGGAAUUGCAUAUAAGUGGAAGGGUGGUUGCUGUGGCCACUAGAGUUCCUCCUAAAGGCCAAUAUAAUGGAGUACAACAUGAAGAUUCUCAAGAUCAAAUACGUGUUUUUCUUAAUUCUGAUGAUAAUUCCACACAUAUUAGAAGAGGGUGUUCCCAGGAUUCCAUUUUGGAUGGUGCAGUUGGACUUAAGAUUCCCCUGGGAACUAUAACAGGAUUGGGAUCCAGUCCUGAAGAGGGAUCAUGCUUUGUCUAUGAUAGGAAUGGUGCAAAAACCCAUGUCAUAAUGAAACAUCGGACUUUGCUGGUAAAGCAUAUGUACUGGUAUGCAGUGGGGGAUAAAGUUUCUAUCUGUGAAUGUAGGUGCAGUAGAGCUCGAUUACCACCAAGCAGAUUUUGGCUGUUUGAGCCUCGUUGUGAUAUGCAUGAUAUAGGCGGUUGGUAUAUUGAAACAUUUGGUAGAGAUAAGAAAGGUCGAACAGUUCUGUCUCAAAGGUAUUGGGAUGGCAUUGAUGAAAGUGAACAAUACGACAAGAGACUCCAUCCAGCAAUGUAUUUACUUGCUCUUGCAUAUAGAACAUUAGAUCUUGAAGAUACAAAAAGAAGAAAACGAGCAUUCAAGAAUUUCAUUGAAAGCCAACUGUUUAGAGUUUUCCAUUGGUGCAAGAAACUUGUUUAGGAGUGAUCACUAGAUCUUAAAGAUGCAAUAUAUGGUUACGUCUCUGGCUUGAUUGGAUACUUCUUUUCUGAGGUGGUGGUGCUUCACCAUUUAAUUGGCUAAGUCAAUUGCACUAGCAAGUAGCAAAGCUUUCUGGAAGAUGAUUCUUGCAAUAUUGAACGGAUAAAACGCUUCAGAAUUCUCAGCAGAAGAAGUUUAUUUAAGGGUAGCCACUUCAGAUGUUAAAUAUCUGAUACUAUAAAUGCUCUGAAUCUGGCAUAUUGGAAGGAUUUGUUUCCUAGUAGACUGGUCUUCCGUCGGCAGCCUUGGCUGCAGCUGCUGCCAAAUCAUCAUCAGCCAUAACCUCCACUGGCAAACUGAGCAACUCCUCUUUUCUAAAAUAUGUAAAAGAAAAGGUUGGAUCACUUGAUGGGCUUUCUUUUGUGGUGAAGUUGUUCUGAAAGAAAUUCUCCACUGGCGUGGCAAAGUGUGAUGAAUUUGAUUGAUGAUGAAUUCAUACCUUGUAAGAGCCCAGCAAUCUGUCACGAGCCAGGACCUGCCAGAG